AUGGCCAGCUCCUCUUCCUACCGCAGGUGGGAGCCAGUUCCCAAGAUCCUCUACGGCCUUGCAACGCACCCCUUCUCGCCAGAAACGGAUCUGCUCGAGUCCUCUACCAUCCCACUCGAGUCGUUACCGGCAGAGUUCAUCGAGAACCUUCAAGAGAACCUGAUCGCACUCGAGCUUGGAGAUGAAGUAUACGCUUUCGAACAGCUUGGCCACUCCGACGUCAGCUGGUAUCGAGGCUAUGUCGUCUCCAACAACCGUCUUCCCACCACAGCAGCCAGCGCCAGCAGUCUUAGCGACUACAGCACCUUCCAUGCGCUCGGUCAGCAGUCCAGUACAGCCGUCGAUCCAGAGCCUCAGGUCUACGUAGGCGUCUUUCCUACAACGCAUGUACACAUCCGCGAGCAGCUUGACGAUGCCGAGAUGCGGCUGGCUGCCGUGUACGAACAUGCGCAGCAACUUGGUGUCGUGGGGGCCAACGCACCCUUGCCGCGACAAAGAGCACAGAUGGAGACGUUGCCCGAGGUCGACGAAUCCGCAUCGCUGCCAUCUAGUCCAAAUCAGCCGCCAACCGCCCAACUCUCUUCCAUAGACGCUAGAAGCCAAGAGGUCGGUCUCAAUGGCCAACUCGUAGAGCGUCCACCACCACCGCUGCCUAGCCUCAAGUGCGGCGACGAGACCAUCUCGGGCGUGCACGAGCCCUUGGUCGACGAAAUCGCCUGUGCUUUGCGCGAAUGGUCUGCGCUCAUGUACAUCUACCUCGGCCACCGCGACUACGACCUUCUCAACACCGUCAAGGAUCAGAUCGAGGUGCUCUACAUGGCUCGCAAACAGCUCCUCGCACAGACCCUUUCCGCCGAAGAGGUCAGCAAGCUCAGGAGAGAUUGCGUUGCUCGCCUCGUCAAGGCCAAUGUAGCCCAAGGGCUGGAUGUCAUCGUACGCCAUCCAGGUCGUGGUGGUCUCGUCGACUUUGACAUCAACAGUAAGGACGCCGAUCCCGACAGCUGGGUCAGCGGCAUCCGUCUCUUUGCUCUUCAGGCUGCGCUCGCCUACGUGGAUCAGCAGGACGACUCGGCGGCUACCGUGGCGCGUGGCGGCAUGGAUCUCUCCGCUUCCAACGCAUUCGGCAUCACUUCACCAACGACCACCAGCGCAGGUGUACUCGCAGGCGUCUCCAACGAUUACUCGCGCAACGGGGCCAGGCAGGGCUCAGUCGCUACCAUCGGCACCCGGGGCAACGAUCACAACUCUUCUGCCUCAGCUGCCGGCGCCAAGUACUUCCACGUCUUUGUGGAUCUCCGUGCCUUUGUUGCCACUCCCUGUACCGCUGGCGAGGUCGUGGAGCUCUACUUUUCGCUCUACAACCGCGCAGAGUCGCGUUUCCUCACCGAAGAGUUCUGCGUCAUCCUCAAUCACCGUGGCGUGCCUGCCAGAGAUACGAGCGGUAAGCUCAGCAAGAUGCGCGCGCUCUUCACCGAACUCAGUGCCAGCGACAUGCAAGAUCUCAACGUCGUGUGCCGCAUUGUGAGGAACGGAGGUAUGCGCGUGGGAGAGAUCAAAGCGACUCCGCUCGGGGCCGCUGGACAGGACCAGCCACCGGAUCGCAUCGAUACCUUUGCCGACCCUUCUCUCGCAAAUACACCGUCUUUCCGAGCCAAACGAAUGGUCGGCGAUCACUCCUUCCGCAGGCCUUUUGGAUGCGCCGUUCUCGAACUUGGACAACACCACCACUUUCAAACCGACGUCGCCUCGUCCUCCACCAUGCGCGAACACGUCAUGCCUAUUUUUGUCCCCGUUAACGAAGCCGCCUUCAGCACGCUCCACCAGGACAUCAUCGCCUCCAGGACACGCGAAUUCGAGAAAUCGCCACGCGCCGACAUGCUGGCCGUCAACAUCAAGGUCUUCCACGGGCAGACCUCGGCCGUCAUCCGCGAGAACCCUUCGCUGCUUCAAGACACGCCACCGACCGCGCGCCUCGGCUUUCCGGACGUCGUCUUCCCUGGCGAUCUACGAAACGAGGCCUACAUCAAGCUCUGGAGUGGCGAGUUCUUCCCUUCAGGAAACAAGAUGGCCGGCAACGCGCUCAGAAACAUCCAGGUCUCGGCCGAAGUGCGCACACGAAACGGCCGCGUCGUCGAGGAUGUCAUUUCUCGCGGUGCAGGCGAGUCGCUGAUCACGCAGUUCGAUAGUCUCGUCUUUUACCACCAAAAUGCUCCCACCUGGGGCGAGCUGAUCAAGUUGCAGCUGCCUCACGACAUUAUGGAGGACUGCCACCUCUUCUUUUCGUUCCGCCAUCGCAGCACCAAGGAGGAGCGCGGGUCGGCGGCAGCAAGCAAUGGCGCGCACCACGGACCCAUUUCUCAGUCGUCGUCGUCCGCGGCCGUGUCGAGGCCCUUUGCCUACGGGUACCUGCCUUUGUUCGAGUCCAAUCGCGCCUUCAUCCCGGAUGGGAGCCACACCCUCUUCCUCUGGCGCACCUCCAGGCCGCCUGGUCAGAUCGGUCCGGAUCUUUACUUUAACUUGCCGCCCGUCACCCCAGUCGGUCGAAACCUGCACGAUGUGGUGCCAUCCAGUCUUGCCUCCACCGUGCAACCCCUUCGCGACAUUCUCACCCUGCGCACAUUCCUCGUCUCAACCAAAUACUCUCAGAACGACAUUCUGCUCAAGCUGCUCAACUGGGAGCGCCUGCUCGUCGACGAUUUCGAGGAGCUUCGCAGCGUGCUCAACCAAUUCACGUUUGUCGGCGAAGUCGAGAUUGUCAAAUUCUUGCGCGACAUCUUUGACUCGCUAUUCGGCAUCGCCACCAGCAGUCGCAACAGCCGCGGCGAGCUCGACGAUCUGGUGUUCAAUGGCCUCGUCACCGUGCUCGGGAUCGUGCAGGAUCGCCGCUUCAACAACUUCCGCGCCACCCUGGAUGUUUACAUCGAGCGUCAUUUCAAGUUCACCACCGCACACAACAAGCUGAUCGCCUCCAUGUCCAAGCUGAUGGCCGAUCCCUCUCGACCCGAAACGUCCAAGGACCUGCGUGCUGCUAUCAAGGUGUGGCCCUAUCUGUUCAAGUUUGCCAUUCAGAGCCGCGAGAAUCAGCGAGGCGAUCGCGAUGUGGGUGGAGGUGCCGUCCUGGACCAUCUCGAAGCUGGCUUUAAGCGUGAGCUCGAAGGCCUCCUGCAGAGCAUCAAUCAGCUCAUGAGCGCCACCAAGCCCUCCUCGAUCAUCGGCACUCAGACGCUUGCGCUUCAGCACUUUGCCGGCAUCCUGCCAGAUCUGGCGCGCGUCUUUACUGCUGACGAGCUGGUUCGCACGGCGACCGCCUUUGCCGACAGCGUCUUCAUCACAAAGGGCAAGAUGGUCAUCUGGAAGCUGCUCCACAUCCUCCAGCUGACACAAGGCCCGCUCUUUGAAGAGCAGGCUUCGCGUUCGCAGCUGAUCCCCAGCGUUGUCCGAUGGAUCAGUCCUCAUCUCGGCUCUUAUGACGAAGCUGCUCAUGCGUCGGCCAAUGCUCACGAGAAUGCUCGCGAUGCCGCUAGAGUGUCCUGGCUCGAGGCGGCGCGACUCGCUGUCACGAUUUUGGCCGUGAUCUUGGACCGAUUGCAGGUCAGCUUAGCCACCGGCUCCGGAUCGACGGCAAACGGCGCACGCGUUGGCAAAAAAUUCCGUCAAGAGCAGGACGAUGUCGACUAUCUGCUGAGUAUGUUGCCCAAGCUGCUAGAGACCUAUCGCGAGCUGGCCAGUCGAGCCACUACCAGGACUCUCGAGCGCCAUCGCGCUCCUUCCACCACGCCCUCACCCGUUCCAGUGAUCUUCCCCUCCAGCUACCCGUUCCCGCUCGUCGCCAAGCGGCCGCUGGGCGAAGCAUCCGUAGUAAGUGGACCCUCGUCACGUCGAAGUCGCCGACGCGAACGCGCCGAGUUCCUCAACUGUGGCCUCGUUGAGAUCAGUGCCGUACUGAUGGUGCUGAUCGUGCUCAGCCCGAGAAAGCACCUUUCGAGCUUCCUCGACGAGGAACGAGACCUUGGGGGCGAUGAGCGCGCGUCCAAGAUCUUGUUCGACUUCUUCGAAGUGGCCACCUCGAUCCUUUCGUACGAGGCUUUUCCGAGCACUUGGCUCAACCUCAACAUCUUCAGUCACCAGAUGGUGCUCAAGAUGGCGGAUCCGAUCGCUUCCAUGAUGGUGCGUCACUACAUUCCGUCAGCCGAGCACAGCGACAGCUUUGAUACGACGCUGUGGCGGUCGUGCCUCACUAUGGUCUUAACGUUGCUCUCGAGCGACCAGCUCGUCAUCGAGCAGUUCAAACCACAGAGGCGAAGGGCUGUGUGGCGACUCGCCGGCGACAUUCGAGGCGAGGGAGCCCAGAUCUUUGCCAAGCUGUGGACAUCAAUCGGGUGGCCGGAAAAGGCGGCAGAGGAGGUUCACGAGGACGGAGUGAGCCAGUCCGACGAGCGGAUGAACACGGGUGGCUUCCAGGUACAGUUUGUGCCCUCGCUCGUCGAGCCUGUCCUCGAGCUGUGCCUGUCGCACCAUGACGAGCUCAGGACGUGUGCGGUGCGCGUUCUGGCUACCAUGAUAACAUCCGAGUGGCACCUCAACGGUGACUUUACCGUCAUCGAGGCCGAGAUCAUCGACAAGCUCGACAUCCUCUUCAUGACGCAUACCAAGGGCGACGAGAUCUCACGAGCCUUCUUUAUCGGUCAGCUGCGCGCGCUCUUCGACAACCCUAACGUCGACGCCGGUUUGCGCGAGCAGGUCAAUGCGUGCCUGAUCUCAGUGAACCGCUUCCUCGAUCUGCUGCUGAGCGUGCGAAGCUUGCCUUUGGAGGAAGGCUACGAAGACGACCGCAUCGCCGGCACACUAAAGCUGCUCGGCUUCUUGCGCCAGGCCAACAGGGUGUCGGCCUUUUCGACCCAUGUGCUGCGACUCGUCAAUCUGCAUUUGGAGAACCUCAACUACGUCGAAGCAGCGCUCACGCUCAAGCUGCACGCCGAUCUCCAUUCGUGGGAUAUGGACAGCUUUGUCGAUCCGAUCCCGGACCUCGAUCUGCCGCGCCAGUCCCACUUCGCUCGCAAGGAGACCCUUUACAUGCUCAUCCUCGACUACCUUGGCAAGGGCCAGGCUUGGGAGAUUUCGGUCGACAUCUGCCGCGAGCUUGCACAGCAGUACGAGUUCCUUUCGGUAAACUACACGCGCCUUGCCGAGGUGCUGCAGCAUCAAGCCAAGUUGUACCAGAAGAUCGCCAGCGAGGAACGCUCCUUCCCGGCCUACUUCCGUGUGGCAUUCUACGGGCAAGAAUGGCCGCCUUCGCUGCAGUCCAAGAUGUUCGUCUAUCGAGGACACGAGUGGGAAAAGUUCACCGCGUUCUGCGACCGUCUGCACGCCAAGCAUCCCAAGGCGAUCCUGAUCAAGAGCGCCGGUGUGCCCGACGACGAGGUGCGAGCGUCCGAAGGCCAGUUCUUGCAGGUGACGGCGGUCCAGCCGGAACCAGAUCGUUCCAAGGACAUGUUCACCAACGCGGAAGUGCCACCCACGGUGCGAGCGUACUACGAGAACAGCGGGACCGACCUUUUCUCGUUUGUGCGGCCGCUCAACAAGGCCGGCGCUGCGUCGUCGGAGCAGUGGGUUGAAAAGACGUAUCUGCGUUGCGAGGAUGCGUUCCCCACGGUGCUGCGACGCAGCGAGGUGGCUGAGGUGUACGUGGUGGAGAUCAGCCCGCUGGAAAAGGCGCUGGAAGAUGUCCGUGCAAAGACGGCUGAGCUCGAGACGUUGGAGAAGAAGUACAACUCGAUUCGCAAGGUUUCGACGGGCAAGAUCAACACGAACCGACUGUCGAUGGCGCUCAACAGCGCUGUCGAUGCUCCUGCUGACGACGGCGUGCCCAUGUACAAGCGCACCUUCUUCGACUCGGAGUAUCUAACAACACACGCGGAUCAGCAGGAAGUAGUGGAAGAACUCAAACAGGCUAUCGACGUGCAGGCGGCGGUGCUGUUCCGGUGCAUCCGACUGCAUGCUCAGUUGUGCCCGCCCGAAAUGAAGCCAUUCCAUGAGACACUGGAGCGCUUCUUCAUCCAAAACUUCAGCGAGGAGAUUCAGCAUCUGGACCUUGAUGUCAGGAAGCUCGAAGGGGCAGGCUCUGGCUCCUUUGAGCGCACGAGUGCCGUCGGCGCAGGUGGAAGGAGUAUGGAGGAGGAUCCGAGGCGGUCGCCGGAGCGCACCAUGAGCCGGGGCUUUACGACGGGCAUGGGUGCGAUUGACCGCGCUGCUAAUGGGGCAGGCUUCUCCGCCGCCGACGAGGGACGACAGGAUCUGCAAACGAGCGCCCAGACUGGCUAUGGCCGACGUGGCAACGCAGUCCAGUCACCAUUGCAGCGUCACAUAGCCUUCCUGACGCGGCAGGCAGACCCAUUGACGCCAGUCAAGGAGGCCCCCACGGCGGCAGCGCCCCCCCUCCACAACGCCAUGGCUCGAUCCGACUCGAACAACUCGCUCACAUUCGGCGGAUCCAGCUCGUAUGCGGAUCGAUCCGUCACGGCAUCCGGGAGCAAGGUCCUGCCACCGAUCUCGGAAGAUAUGCUGGGCGGCGUUGCAGCCAUGCCGAGUGCUGCUCCCGCCGCGCUCUCGAACGCGGACCACACCAUCUAUAGUGGCACCAAAGGGCCCAUGUCCCGACAGGACUCGAGCUACUCGGUUGCGGAUCUGGGCUCAAUCAGAGGCGGGAGCACGUCGGCGAAGCCACCCUCGAGCCAGGGGCCUGGGAACCGACUGAGCAAGCUCAUGGGCGGCGUUGGCAGGCGCAAGGCUUCUCACUCUUGA